AUGGCCCUGUACAACCCCAUCCCUGUGCGUCAGAACUGCUUCACCGUCAACCGCUCGCUCUUCAUCUUCAGCGAGGACAACUUCGUGAGAAAAUAUGCCAAAAAGAUCACCGAGUGGCCAUAUCCUUUCCUUACCGCUGCACGAAUCCUGUCUACAGUGGGAUCAGACUUCGACUUGCGAACACUCAGAGCAGUGCGAGUGCUGAGGCCCCUCAAACUGGUGUCUGGCAUUCCCAGCUUGCAGGUGGUGCUUAAGUCCAUUAUGAAGGCCAUGAUCCCCCUGCUGCAGAUUGGCCUGCUGCUGUUCUUUGCUAUCCUCAUGUUCGCCAUCAUUGGCCUAGAGUUCUACAUGGGCAAAUUCCACACCACCUGCUUUGACAAUCACACAGGGGAGAUCCGAGAGGAAUUCCCAUGUGGGACAGAGGCUCCGUCACGGCUGUGUCCAGAGGGUACCACUUGUAGACAGUACUGGCUGGGACCCAACUACGGCAUCACUCAGUUUGACAACAUCCUGUUUGCCGUCCUCACCGUCUUCCAGUGUAUCACCAUGGAGGGUUGGACUGACCUGCUCUACUAUAGCAAUGAUGCCUCAGGGAGUGCGUGGAAUUGGAUGUACUUCAUCCCCCUCAUCAUCAUUGGCUCCUUCUUCAUGCUCAACCUGGUGCUGGGUGUACUGUCAGGUGAGUUUGCCAAAGAGCGAGAGCGUGUGGAGAACAGGAGUGAGUUCCUGAAGCUGCGCAGACAGCAGCAGAUUGAGAGGGAGCUUAACGGCUACCUGGAAUGGAUCUGCAAAGCAGAAGAAGUCAUAUUGGCAGACGAUGAAAAUGAGGGAGACUACGACGGGUCCCGUAGGAGAGCCACAAAGAAUCACAAAAACAAAGCAGAGCUUCUCAACCCUGAGGAGGGGGAGGGUGACAUGGCAGUGGGAUCACCGUUCGCCCGCGCCAGUCUGAAGAGUUCAAAGCUUGAAGGCUCCAAUUUCAACCGGAGGGAGCGAAGACUACGAUUCUUCAUACGACACAUUGUCAAAAGUCAGGCCUUUUACUGGACCGUGCUGUGUUUGGUGGGCCUCAACACACUGUGUGUGGCUGUGGUGCACUAUGACCAGCCUGAACCACUCUCCGAUUUCCUUUAUUUUGCUGAAUUCAUCUUCUUGGGGAUCUUCCUGUCGGAGAUGUUUAUAAAGAUGUAUGGCCUGGGCAGACAGGCCUAUCUCAACUCCUCUUUCAACUGCUUCGACUGCAUUGUGAUCUGUGGUAGUAUAUUUGAAGUGCUGUGGUCCAUCAUUCAGCCUGGCACAUCAUUUGGGAUCAGCGUGCUACGAGCUCUCAGGUUAUUGAGGAUCUUCAAAGUUACCAAGUACUGGGCAUCUUUGCGUAACCUGGUGGUCUCUCUGCUUAACUCCAUGAAGUCCAUCAUCAGCUUGCUUUUCCUGCUGUUCCUUUUCAUCGUCGUCUUCGCCCUGUUGGGCAUGCAGCUCUUUGGAGGACAGUUUAAUUUUGAAAAUGGCACUCCUCCAACCAACUUUGAUACCUUCCCUGCAGCAAUAAUGACCGUGUUCCAGAUCCUGACGGGUGAGGACUGGAACAUGGUGAUGUAUGAUGGCAUCAAGUCUCAGGGCGGAGUCAACAAAGGCAUGGCCUUCUCCGUCUUUUUCAUCGUCCUCACGCUUUUCGGCAACUACACUUUGCUCAAUGUGUUCUUGGCCAUCGCUGUGGACAAUCUGGCCAACGCACAGGAGCUCACCAAGGAUGAGCAGGAGGAAGAAGAGGCCGCCAGCCAGAAGAUAGCCCUCCAGAAGGCCAAGGAAGUGGCUGAAGUCAGCCCCCUGUCAGCUGCCAACCUCUCUAUCGCAGCCAAGGAGCAGCAGAAGAACCAUACCAAAGGGAGCACUAAGUCAGUGUGGGAGCAACGCACCAAGGAGCUGAGGAGACAGACCUUGGUGUCCAGCCGUGAGGCUCUCUACAACGAGCUGGACCCUGAUGACCGCUGGAAGGUCAACUACUCACGACACAUCCGUCCAGACAUGAAAACCCACCUGGAUCGCCCCCUAGUGGUCGAUCCCCAUGAGAACCGCAACAACAACACCAACAAGACCACUGUCAAUGACCCAGAUGCCUGCCUCAGCCAGCAGCACCUUUCCAAUGAACUUCACAAACAAACUCGCCUCCAUGAACAUGGAAGUGAAGUAGGAGGAGGAGGCGGAGGCCGGGCUCCAGGCAGGCGUCCCUUGGAAAGGGGUGAGUCGACAGAGAGCAGGCGGAGCCGCAAGAGCGAACACCACCACCACACCUCCCACACUCGUCUGGAUGCUACCGCGGUCCCAGGGCCAAUCGCAGAGGAGAGACCCCCAAGGCGGCACCACCACACCCGAAGCGGCAGUCGCAGCGCAGGGCAGUCGGAGCACAGGAAGCCCAGGACACAUCGAAGGACCGCGGGAGAGGAGGACGCCGGGGGAGGAUGCGGAGGUGGAGUGGGGAAGCACAAAAGCAAAGGGACGGAUGGAGGUGGAGAAGGAGGCGAACAGGAGGGAGGCAAUGAAGGCAGUGAGAGGAGGCCUAGGCGGAACCGCCACGGAAACCAGUCAGAGGGCGAGGGGAAGCGGCUGCGACAGCACCGCAGAAGGGAUGGCAGUGGCCCUAAUCUCUCCACCACCCGGCCUAUACAGAAGAGCUUUUCCCAUCAGGACAGCCAGUAUAGUGAAGACAUGGACAACCUAAUGAACACCAAACUGAUCUCCAGUUCUACUCCACCCAGUGAGGGCCGCCACAUCCCAGUCACCAGCCGUAACCCAGCCUCCAGGUUUGGGUCAGCCUUUCAUCUGGCCAACGCAAGCACUCAUGGAAGUUUGGUGGCGUUGGAUAACUAUGGCAACAUGGGACAUCCCCGUGCCAACAGCAUCGUCCAUCUACCCCACCCAGACUACACUGCUGUUGACAUUCCCGUUUUUCCAUCCACUAACGCAAUCUUGCAGGUUAAUAAGAAUGCCAACACAGAGCCCCUGCCCAAGAAAGAGGAUAAGGAUGAUGAUGACGAUGAGGAGGGGGGUGAAGGUGGACCCCGGCCAAUGCCUCCCUUUAGCUCCAUGUUCAUCUUGUCCACCACCAACCCGUUUCGGCGGGCAUGUCACUACGUAUGUACCCUCCGUUAUUUUGAGAUGUGCAUCCUGCUGGUGAUUGCCAUGAGCAGUAUUGCCCUGGCUGCUGAAGAUCCCGUCUGGCCUGAAUCCCCUCGGAACAACGUGCUGCGCUACUUUGAUUACGUUUUCACUGGAGUGUUUACAUUUGAGAUGCUUAUUAAGAUGGUGGAUUUAGGCUUGGUCUUGCACCAGGGCUCGUAUUUCCGGGAUUUGUGGAACAUCCUGGACUUUAUAGUGGUUAGUGGUGCUCUGGUGGCCUUUGCCUUUACGGGAAGUAGCAAGGGGAAAGAUAUCAGCACCAUCAAGUCUCUGAGGGUACUAAGGGUGUUACGGCCUCUGAAGACUAUCAAACGUCUUCCGAAGCUCAAGGCUGUGUUCGACUGCGUGGUCAACUCCCUGAAGAACGUGCUGAACAUCUUGAUCGUUUACAUGCUGUUCAUGUUCAUCUUCGCUGUGGUGGCUGUGCAGCUCUUUAAGGGACGCUUCUUUUUUUGCACUGAUGAAUCCAAAGAGUUUGAGCGCGACUGCAGGGGGGAGUACUUGGUUUAUGAACGUGACAACGAAGUAAAGGCGCAGAAGCGGGAGUGGAAGAAGUACGAUUUCCACUACGACAACGUGGCUUGGGCCCUGCUCACCCUCUUCACCGUGUCUACCGGAGAGGGGUGGCCGCAGGUGCUGAAACAUUCAGUGGAUGCGACUUACGAGAAUCAGGGCCCGAGCCCGGGGUACCGGAUGGAGAUGUCCAUCUUUUACGUGGUGUACUUCGUGGUCUUCCCCUUCUUCUUCGUCAAUAUCUUCGUGGCUCUUAUCAUCAUCACCUUCCAGGAACAGGGGGACAAGAUGAUGGAAGACUACAGCUUGGAGAAGAAUGAGAGAGCCUGUAUAGACUUUGCAAUCAAUGCCAAGCCCCUGACCCGUCACAUGCCCCAGAACAAGCAAAGUUUUCAGUAUCGCAUGUGGGAGUUUGUGGUGUCCCCGCCAUUUGAAUAUACAAUCAUGGCAAUGAUCGCGCUCAACACCAUUGUUUUAAUGAUGAAGUACGAUGGAGCAUCAGAUACAUAUGAAGAUGUACUGGCCAACCUCAACAUAGUGUUUACCUCCCUCUUCUCCAUGGAGUGUGUACUCAAAAUCAUCGCCUUCGGCGUGCUGAAUUAUUUCAAAGAUGCCUGGAACAUUUUUGACUGUGUGACAGUUCUGGGAAGCAUCACGGAUAUCCUGGUUACUGAGCUCGGCAAUAAUUUCAUCAACCUGAGUUUCCUGAGGCUCUUCCGGGCAGCUCGUCUCAUCAAGCUGCUGAGACAGGGGGAGACCAUCCGCAUAUUACUCUGGACCUUCGUGCAGUCCUUCAAGGCGUUGCCGUAUGUCUGUCUGCUCAUUGCCAUGCUGUUCUUUAUCUACGCCAUAAUCGGGAUGCAGCUGUUUGGAAACAUUGGGCUUGAAGAGGACGGAGACAGUGCCAUCAACCAGCACAACAACUUCAGGACCUUCUUACAGGCUCUCAUGCUACUAUUCAGGAGUGCGACAGGAGAGGCGUGGCAUGAGAUCAUGCUGUCGUGUCUGGGGGGUAAGGAGUGCGACCCCCUGUCAGGGAACACAGAGGCCGAGUGUGGGAGCCAGUUUGCCUACCUCUAUUUUGUCUCAUUCAUCUUCUUCUGCUCCUUCCUGAUGCUGAACCUGUUUGUGGCUGUCAUUAUGGACAACUUUGAGUACCUGACACGAGAUUCCUCUAUACUGGGUCCUCACCACCUGGAUGAAUACGUCAGGAUAUGGGCCGAGUAUGACCCGGCUGCCUGCGGGCGCAUUCAUUAUAAGGACAUGUACAGUUUAUUGCGAGUUAUCGACCCGCCCCUCGGCUUAGGCAAGAAAUGCCCCCAUAGGGUGGCCUGCAAGAGACUCCUCCGGAUGGACCUGCCUGUCGCUGAUGACAAUACAGUCCACUUCAACUCCACCCUCAUGGCCCUGAUCCGCACGGCGCUGGACAUCAAGAUCGCCAAGGCAGCCACAGACCUGACAGUGGGGAAAAUCUAUGCUGCCAUGAUGAUCAUGGAGUACUACCGGCAGAGCAAGAUCAAGCGCUCACAGGCGCUCCGCGAUGAGCAGCGCGUGGAGCCACCUUCCCCCACCCAGGACGGGGGUCCGGGACUCAACAACACCCUCCCUUUGCCCCAGACAACAGAACCCAUCAACAGCCUGCCAGUGGAGGGGGGGGUCCCGGAGAGCCAAUCAUGGGUGACAGCGCGGGCUCAGGAGAUGUCCCAGAAGGUUGGCAGCUGGAGCCCAGAGGGACACCCUGUGGACAGCCUGGGCAGCAUGACUAACUCACAGACGGUAGAGAUGAGAGAGAUGGGGCGGGACGGUUAUUCGGAUACCGAACACUUUCCACCAAUGGAAGGCCACGGGAGGGCCGCUUCCAUGCCUCGCCUCCCAGGCGAAAACCAAACCAUCACUGAUAGCAGUCCCAUGAAACGCUCUGCCUCGUCCCUUGGCCACAGCAGGUCUGGGCGGGGUCCCAGAGAAAGAGGAGGGCCAGAUGACUACACCAUGGAGAAUACCAUACCAGAGGAGGGCAGGGUUACCAGACAUGGCCACCGUCGGAAAGACAGGAGUCACCGGGCCUCCGAAAGGUCCCUAUGUCGCUACACCGAGGCUGACACAGGCCUGGGCACAGACCUGAGCACAACCACCCAGUCAGGUGACCUACCGUCCAAGGAGAAAGAGCGCGACAGGGACCGUGGUCGGUCUAAGGACCGCAAGCACCACCACCAUCACCACCACCACCACGGCUCUGUGGACAAGGAACGCUACAUCCCCGAGCGAGGGGUCGAGUAUGGACACAGGCACUCGAGAGAGAGAGACCACGAGCGCGACAGGGAGAGGGACCGGCGCUGGUCGCGAUCGCCCAGUGAGGGUCGCGAGUGCAUGACACAUCGACAGGGCAGUAGUUCGGUAAGCGGAAGUCCCGUCCCCUCCACCUCAGGGACCAGUACGCCACGCCGGGGUCGUCGCCAGUUGCCCCAGACCCCCGCCACUCCUCGGCCCCAUGUCACCUACUCACCUGUGGUCCGUAAGGCCAUGCCCACUCUACCUGGGGGUCCACAGGGUCGCCCCCCUGCUCCAGCCCCUCGCCACUUUUCCCCUGAACUUCCCCCAGGACAGGGGCCUCCCCCAAUCGGGCCCCCACCACCCCACCACGGCUCACCCCGUCAGGGCCGCCAUCCUCCACCUCGGUGGGGGGACACAGGAGGAGGAGGGGGCUCUGUGGAGGGUGACGGAUGCUUCUACAACCAGGACUACCAGGACUACGAGCUGCAUCACGAACCCCCAGCCUAUGAGCAGAGUGCUAUGCCAGGUGGUAACCCACACCCCCAUACCCUGGCAAACCACCCACUGCCGCCUCCUCCCCAGCCACAGCCACACAACCCUCAUCCGCUACCUCCCCCACAGCCACACCCUGCCAACAAUCCCCACCCCCAUCCCCCAACCCACCCUCACCCUGGCCGCACCUCACCCAGGACUGCUCCACAUGUGCCCCCUCCCACCACCUCCCUGACUGGGCCAGGACAGGGCCAAGGGCAGCCUCCUGCCCAGCGGCGCCUGCCUAAUGGUUACCGUGCCUCCUCGCCAUCCACACACCUCCAUGGACCCCCUCACACUGGGCCACAUAAGGUCCCCCCUCCAGGGCUUCACCCCAGGGGGCCCCGCAAGGGCCUUCAUGAACCCUACAGUGAGACCGAGGAUGAUGACUGGUGCUAG